AUGAGUAACUCUACAGUGAACUUCACCUCACCUGAAGCCUCUACAAACAAAUUUGGUUCAGAGAACAGCCUGGACCUUUAUCUGUACAGCAUCAAUGUGCUGUUUGGUUUUCCGACACACUCCUAUGUUUUAUGGCUCAUCAUCACUGGAACUAAAAGUGGAGUUGCAUCAGAGUUCUUCAACCUCAACCUGUCUGUUUGUGAGAUUGGUGUCUGUUUGAAUUGUUUGCUGUUUAUACUUAGUAGUUGCUUUGCACUUUCACAUCUGGGAACAUCAAUAUGGUUUUUAUUAGGACUAAUCGUCACUGGUCGUCCUCUGUUCCAGUGUCUGAUGUGUGUUGAGCGUUACCUGGCAGUAGUUCAUCCUGUAACCUUUCUGAAGUACAAACCGCUCAGAUAUAGAGUGAUCUGCUGUGGUGUUGUCUGGAUUAUUAUUAUUGGUUCUUGUUUGUGCGGCAUGUUUUGUUUUAUGUUAAAUUAUGUUUUUGUAUAUACUUGGUUCUUCUCCCCACAGUUUCUCAUCCUCCUCUCCAUCCAGUUGUUUUGUCUUGUGGCUGUUCUCAGAACUCUGAAGCAGUCAGGACCAGGAGAGAGAGCGAGAGAGAAAGAGGAAAACCACAUGAAGAGAAGAGCUUUUUAUCUUAUUCUGAUUACUACUCUGACAAUGUGUGUUAUAUACAUCCCAAUGAUAAUCUAUGGGAUCUCUGUUAUUGUGACGUCAAAAUUAAUUAAGGGACUUUUUUCCUUUGGUUUUAUUUGUUAUGUGUUUGGUGGUUUUGUUCAGCCUGUUGUUUACCUGCACAGAGUCGGAAAACUCUCCUGUCUUUGCUGGCCGUAA